UCCAUCGAGCGUGCCACGCAUUUUGAGAAGGCGAUUGGCAUUGACUCAUACGUCCUACAAAUGGCUGGACAUCGAAAUCAACGCUGGACCUUUGUCCACGAUCGAUCUGACGAUCGGUGACAAUCGCGGCAACGGCAUCGUUCUGUCUUACGAAACUUGGAGAGCGCUGAUGGAUAGACGCGCGGACGUCGAGCGACUCAUGCAGUCAACUCCGACAUCAUCGUCAUCGUUAUCGAUCUGUGACUUGACAGUGCGACUC